AUGGUUGGGAGGAAGGGAGAAGCAAUGGAUGAGGAAAGCGAAAGCAGUCAGGUUGGUGUAGGAGAGUCAGAGGCUGAGUGGGGGGAAAUCAGAGUAGAGGAAGAACUGAUAGGUGGUUAUGAGUGUCCUAACUUCAUCUUUUCGGAGAAGGAAGAGAAGCGUAUUCAAAGACCUUGGAAGAGAGGUGUUAUAGUCAAAUUGUUGGGAAAAAGAAUUGGAUACAAGGCGCUGGAAAAUAGGUUGAAUCAAAUGUUGGUUCAUAAAGGCAUUAUUGGUAUAAUUGAUCUUAGCAAUGAUUACUAUUUGCUGAGGCCAAACUUCCAACCGGAGAUUGAUACUAUUAAUGAAGUGGCAGUGUGGGUUAGAAUUUCGAGUCUCCCGGUUGAAUAUUAUGAUACGAGGGCACUCUUUGUUUUUGGUUAUCGUAUUGGUCAUACAGUAAAGGUGGAUAAAAGAACUAUCAAGCAAGAAAGAGGCAAAUAUGUUCGGAUCUGUGUUACUAUUAAUCUGGCAAAGCCUCUUCUUGCAAUGCUGAGAAUUCAAGGGAGCAUUUAUAAGAUAGAGUACGAGGGAUUACCCUUGCUUUGCCUAGUGUGUGAACGUUAUGGAAAUUACAAGGAGAACUGUCCAACAAUCAUCAGAGAGAAGCACGCUGUGGGAGAAAGCAGCAAUACUGGGGGAGAAGCAUGA